AGCACCUACCAUCAGAUCUCCGUCACAGACUCACAUUACUGAUACUUGACUCACAACGCACACACCACCAUCUAUACUGCACCAAUAAACACAGUUAUUACACGCACAUACAAAAGGACCUUGAAAGCUACGGUUACAUCAUCACAUUGGACACAAUUAAAAAAAAGAUAACAAACAUGCUCACCACAUACAAACGCACAAAGGACAAACAAAGCCGGACAGGAGAGGAGAGGGUGACCUGGGAAUACUAUGAUCACAUGGAUGAGCUGUAUGGGACCUGCAGGGUGGGCAGUGUUCCACCAUCCACCAUAGUCUCCACUGCACUUUUUCCACAAGCACCAUCAUCAUCAUCACUAUCACCAUCACAAACAGCUCAAGUCCAGCAGCAGCGGCAACAACAAAACACAACAACCCCAGCCGCCCCAACUCCAUGCACAGCUGUCGAAAGGUUUCUUAUGGAGCAGGUGGGGGAACUCCAGGUGAAGGUUGACCACAUAAUCCGCCUGCUGCAGAGCAGGCACACCCCUGGGCCUGCUGAGGCCAUCACCCUGCCCAUGCUGCCGUUAGGGUCCGCGGAGGAGCUGUCAAUAUUUGACAACAAACUGAAGACGGACGGGGUCUUCCGCCUCAAAGUGAUUGGUCAACUAUCCCUGGCAGGCGGAAAGUCUGUAAAGGACACUGUGUGGAGGGUCUGUUCGAGGGUCUUCACGCAUCAGCUUGCCACACAAUUAAAUUGGUGUGGAAGGGGGCAGAAGACGGGAAUUAAGGCCAGGCCCAUCCACCAGGUCAUCCUUGGUGCUGUGAUGGCCAAUCCAGCAGCGCCGUCAACGGAGGCCGAGGUGGAGACGGCCAUUAAGAAUUGGCUGCGUCUGAGCGGGGAUAGAGAAGGAGGUCGCCGAAGGCGCACUUGAUAGGCCAAAGUUUUUUUCAUUUUCAUUUUUUUUUAUCUUAAAUAAAUGUUUUAUGUUCCUUGCAAUCUUCAUCUCGUGUAUUUCUUUUAAGCCUAGCCAAUUAGUUGAGGACGAUAAAGUAAACGUAGCAAUGCACGUCUCUUACGACAAGCUGAUUCUGAACAGGUUGGAUUGAGGUUGUGGGUCCUUGUAGGUUUUUCAGUGCUUUUCAAUAACACAGUCAUUAGGUAGCCUACAAUGGAGUAAAUUGGUGCAGCUGCACAAUACCAUGUGCUGUUGUUAUUACACCACAAAUAGAUAUCACUUUGACGCCCUCUGGUUUCAGUGAGCUCCGGACGACCACAGAUAACGGCGCAACCCUUCAGCAGAAGUGAGAACUUUCUGGCGUUUUCUUAAUGGAAGUGCGGUUGUCAGGUGAUAUCCCAAACAUGAUUUUCUUCAAAACGCCAG